AUAGGAGAAGAAAUAAAAGUGAAUGAAGCAUCAAACUCCCAUCAGUGGGUCAAAUUUAAGAUGCGCAUGUGUUCAUUCUUCAGGUAGAAAUAGUACCUUUAAGGGUAGUAGUAUAAGUGGGCUGCAUUACAGACAAUACGUCAGUCGAGUCAAGGGAUCACUACCGUUUGAACGUUCAAUAUAAGAAAUUUCUGUCUGUUUGUUUCCCGAAAAUGGCCGGUGUUAUAUUUGAAGACAUAUUCAACGUCAAGGACAUCGACGCGGAAGGCAAGAAGUUCGACAGGGUGUCCCGUUUACACUGCGAUAGUGAAUCCUUCAAGAUGGACCUGAUAUUGGACAUAAACAGCUGGAUAUACCCCAUGGAAUUGGGUGACAAAUUCCGAUUGGUUUUGGCUACCACGCUCAGAGAGGAUGGCUACCCUGAUAGCGCGUUUUGGGAUGCUGCACAAGUGGAGGCCGUUGGAUCUAGGGCCGACAGUUUCGAUUACGUAAUGUCUGGAAAAGUGUAUAGGUUAGAUGGCGAUGAUGAUCUGAGCGACCAGUCAAGAAGAUUGUCGGCGUAUGUUUCUUUUGGUGGACUUCUCAUGAGGCUGCAGGGAGACGCCAACAACUUGCACAAUUUCGAGAUGAGUCAGGAGAUGUACCUUUUGAUCAAAAAAAUAUUUAUGUGA